AUGAUCAAGAGGCACCGGAGCAGGAUCAGAGCCAUUAGGGGUGAGGAUGGGCAGCUGUCAGAGGACCCUGAUACGAUACAGAGGAUAUUGGAGUGCUUUUUCCGGGCUAGAUGGACUGAGCAGACAGGGAGCGGGAGUCCAGCAGAUAUACAGGCGCCAUUAGCUAGGGUGUCGGAGGAGGAUACUGCAGCAUUGAUUAGGCCGGUCACGGAGAGUGAGAUUAGGGAGGUGGUAUGGUCCCUCAAGGGAGACAAGGCUCUGGGGUCGGAUGCCUAUGUACCACCUUGUACAAGGUUACCGACGAAGAUACUAGCAGUCAGAUUGAGAGAUAUUCUUCCUAGACUUAUCAACCCAGAGCAGGGGGCCUUUGUGGGUGGGCGGAGUAUUUCAGAUAAUGUUCUUAUAGCCCAGGAGUUCAUGUUCGACCUUGGCAGAGCUUCGAAUAGGAAGAGUUUUAUGGGGAUCAAGCUGGAUAUAGAGAGGGCCUACAACAGGAUGGGAUGGGAUUUUGUGCAGCAGUCUUUGCAGGAGUUUGUAUUUACCCAAGAGUUGGAGGUCUACUGGCCAGUGCCGGGGGCCACCGCGAUUUCCCACUUGCUCUACACCGAUGACUGUUUAUUGCUGGUUCGGUUGACUAGGCAGGCCGCCCGGGUUAUUUGGAGGAUUCUUCGGGAUUAUUAUGCAGUAUCUGGUCAACGGGUCAAUGUAACUAACUCAGCAAUCUGCUUCAGCUCGAAGACUAGACCGGCUGUGAAGACCUCUAUAUUGGAGAUUUUGGGGGUGGGAGAGCAGGAGGGCAUGCUGAGGUAUCCAGGGGUGUCGCUCUCCGGACGACGAUUGAGGAGCAGGGACUGCUCUUCCCUUGAGCUCAGCAUCAGGCACAGGUUGGAGGGUUGGCAGAUGCAUUCGCUGUCCAUGAUGGGCAGGAUCACCUUGGUGCGGUCUGUCCUUUCCUCGAUCCCUAUCUACUUGCUAUCUAACUCCUUCAUUCCGGUUGUGCUGGUGAGGACUCUUGAGCAGAUGUUUAGGGACUUUAUUUGGGGGAGGGGCAGAGGUAGAAGAGGCAUCCAUCUGUUGGCAUGGAAGGUUGUUUGUCAGACGAUCAGAUAUGGGGGUUUGGGGGUGCAGUCCUUGGUGGCGAGAUGGAAGGCUUUAGUGGUGCGACACGCAGCCAGAUUUGUGUUAGAGUCUGAUGGUAUGUGGUCCUCCCUGUUGAGGGCCAAGUAUGGUGUUUUGGUCCCUGCAGUUCGAGCUGGCUGGCAUCACUCACUGGUAUGGAGGGAGAUUUGCGCUAGAGCCGCACUGGUGCUCCUGGAGGUCAGAUGGGCCAUUGGAGAUGGUCGGUCCAUUGAUGUGCUGGAGGAUACUUGGGUGACCGAGCAGUCGAUCGGUCAGCUGCCGACUAUGGUGGAUACUUCGAGGCUAGCCGGCUACAGGGUUAGCGAUCUGAUGGACCCUGGUGGGGGUCGCUGGCAGGAGGGGUUGAUUCGGGAGACUUUUGGGGAGCAUUUGGCAGAGAUGGUCUUGGCCUUACCGGUUCCUUUCAGGGAGAGGUCGGAUAGGAUGGUUUUGAUGCCGACAGGGCGUUCGCAGGUGCGAGCCAGGGAUCUUCAGGCGUUGGUGAGUAGGGAACCAGCUCGGAGGAUAGAGGGUGGUUGGAUUUGGAGGUUAAGGAUCCACCCGCGUGUGGCAAUUUUUCUCUGGAAGGUGGCUUAG